AUGACGCUGCCAAUCAACCAAAAAGCUUCAGAAGGACGGUCUUGGAUCGUCAAUCACUUUGCCGAACGGAAAGUGCAGGAUCAUGGCGCGGCGUGGGCUGCCCUCUGGGAUGCACAAAACAACGACAUGUGGGAUCGGGGAAAGCCUUCGCCAGCAUUGAUCGACCUUGUUGAACAACGAGAGGAUCUAUUCCAGCCUCUCGCGGCUGACGGUCGGCGUAAGAAGGUGCUAGUUCCGGGUUGCGGACGUGGUUACGAUGUAGUCAUGUUGGCGCUACAUGGCUUUGACGCGUAUGGGGUGGAGAUAUCUGCAACUGGAGUUGCAACAGCCCAGAGUUACGCCUCUGAGGAACUGCAAAAACCGCAGGCGUACAACUUUGGAAAACAGAGAAGUGGCUCGGCCAGUCCAGGCAAUGUCACUUUUAUUGAGGGCGAUUUUUUCAAGUCCGACUGGGAACUAAAUGCUCUGAAAGGUGGAGAAGCCCUCUUUGACAUAAUUUAUGACUAUACGUUCCUCUGCGCCCUGCACCCCGAUAUGCGCCGGCAAUGGGCUGCACGCAUGGCAGGGCUUCUGCGGGACGAUGGUUACCUAGUUUGCCUUGAAUUUCCGCUGUACAAGGAUCCAGCACUCCUUGGGCCCCCAUGGGGCUUGCAGGGGGUACACUGGGAUCUGCUGGCGCGAGGUGGCGAUGGCGUCCCCAAUAGCGGUACAGCCCCCGAGAUCACAGAGGCUGACCAGCUUAGUGGUCGGUUCAAAAGAGUACUAUAUAUAAAGCCCGCUCGGUCAUAUGAAGUUGGACAAGGGACGGACAUGCUGAGUGUUUAUGCGCGAAAGUAG